CUAAGGGGUUCGUGAAGGCAGCUCCUUUUCCAGCAUGGGGCUGCUGGAAUUGUGUGAGGAAGUAUUUGGUACCGCCGACCUCUACCGGGUGCUGGGAGUGCGGCGCGAGGCCUCGGAAGGCGAAGUCCGACGGGGCUACCACAAGGUGUCUCUGCUGGUGCACCCGGACCGGGCGGGCGAAGGCGACAAGGAGGAUGCCACUCGCCGCUUUCAGAUCCUGGGGAAAGUCUAUUCCGUUCUAAGUGACAAAGAGCAGAGAGCAGUGUACGAUGAGCAGGGAACAGUGGACGAGGACUCUGCUGCGCUCAGUCAAGACCGAGACUGGGAGGCCUAUUGGAGGUUACUCUUUAAGAAGAUAUCUCUAGAGGACAUUCAAGCUUUUGAAAAGACAUACAAAGGUUCUGAAGAAGAGCUGGCUGACAUUAAACAGGCUUAUCUGGACUUCAAAGGUGACAUGGAUCAGAUCAUGGAGUCUGUGCUUUGUGUGCAGUACACAGAAGAACCCAGAAUACGAAACAUCAUCCAGCAAGCUAUUGAUGCCAGGGAGGUUCCAUCCUAUAAUGCUUUUGUGAAAGAAUCAAAACAAAAGAUGAAUGCAAGGAAAAGGAGGGCUCAGGAAGAGGCUAAAGAAGCAGAAAUAAGCAGGAAGGAAUUGGGGCUUGAUGAAGGAAUGGAUAACUUGAAGGCAGCCAUUCAGUUUUCUCAAAGAAAAAUGGAGGAAAAUACGAAGCAUGCUACAGUGGAAGACACUGUGGAGUACCACCUGUUCCUGAUACCAGAUGACUCAAAGGACCCAGAAAAACACAAAGAGAUUCUUCAAAAGUAUAUUGAGAGAAUAAUGACCCACUUUGCACCUGUGCUGGCCCCCUAUAUCUGGCAGAAUCAGCCUUUUAAUCUCAAAUAUAAACCAGGGAAAGGAGGUGUUCCCGCUCAUAUUUUUGGCAUUACAAAGUUUGGGGAUAACAUUGAGGAUGAAUGGUUUAUUGUUUAUAUAAUAAAGCAGAUUACAAAGGAAUUUCCAGAACUAGUAGCAAGGAUUGAAGACAAUGAUGGUGAAUUCUUGUUAAUAGAAGCUGCUGACUUUCUCCCUAAGUGGCUGGACCCUGAUAAUAGCACCAAUAGGGUGUUUUUCUACCAUGGGGAAUUGUGCAUUAUUCCUGUACCAAGGAAAUCUGGAGCAGGAUCCUGGUCACCUUCCACACCUCCAACAAUCCUGCAGGCAUUGAAUAUAAUCUCAACACAUCCAGAAAAAAUUGUGGCUUCAGAAUCUAUACAAGCUGCUGUGAACAGGCGCAUCAGAGAGUACCCUGAAAAAAUUCAAGCCUCCCUUCAUCGAGCACACUGCUUCCUUCCUGCUGGCAUUGUAGCAGUGCUGAAGCAACAUCCCAGAUUGGUAGCUGCAGCAGUUCAGGCAUUUUACCUGCGGGACCCCGUUGACCUGAGAGCCUGUCGUAUUUUCAAGACAUUCCUGCCUGAAACACGAAUAAUGACAUCGGUCACUUUCACUAAAUGUCUGUAUGCACAGCUGGUUCAGCAAAGGUUUGUGCCAGACCGGCGGAGUGGAUACAUGCUGCCUUCUCCAUGCCACCCCCAGUACCGAGCCCAUGAAUUGGGCAUGAAGUUGGCUCAUGGAUUUGAGAUUUUAUGCUCCAAGUGUAGCCCACAUUUUUCUGACUCCAAGAAAUCCCUCAUAACUACCUCUCCACUCUGGGCUGGUUUCCUUGAAAGCCUGAAAAAGAAUGACUUCUUUAAGGGACUGCUGGAAGGUUCUGCUGCAUACCAGGAAAGGCUAGAGAUGGCAAAGAACUACUUCCAACUUUCAGUAAACCGACCAGAAGGCUGUCUUGCUAUGAGCCCAGGUGAAGAAAUCCUAACCUUGUUACAGACAAUACCAAUUAAUAUUGAAGAGCUUAAAAAAGAAGAAGAUAAUCUUCCCCAAGAGGAUGAUGACCAGUGGUUAGAUCUCUCACCAGAUCAGCUGGACCAGUUACUACAGGAAGCUGCUGGCAAAAAAAAGUCAAAGGCCAUUUCCAAAGAGGAGGAGGAUCAGAACUAUGACUUAAGUCAAGUCUCAGAGAGCAUGAAAGCUUUCAUAUCCAAAGUCUCCACCCACAAGGGAGCAGAGCUGCCCCGAGAACCUUCCGAGGCUCCAAUCACUUUCGAUGCAGAUUCUUUUCUUAAUUAUUUUGAUAAGAUUUUAGGGCCAGGCCCUCAGGCUUCAGACUCCGACGAUCUGGAUGAGGAAGAGUUUGAAUGUUUGGACAGUGAUGAUGACUUGGACCUUGGAACACAGGAGCCUGAGGAAGAGACUACUCUGAAAGGAACUCUUGAUGAUCUCAAGUCAUACAUGGCCCAGAUGGACCAGGAACUAGCACUUACCAGCAUUGGCAAAAGUUUUACCACCCGAAAACAAGUGGAACCUGAAUCCCCGACUGCCAAAAAUAAUUCAGAUGAAGAAGAGUCAGGUACAGGAGAACCUGCUCUAGCACCGGUCGAUGUAGACCUGAAUCUGGUUUCAAAUAUAUUGGAUUCCUAUAGCUCCCAAGCUGGUCUGGCAGGGCCUGCUUCCAACCUUUUACAAAGCAUGGGGGUGCAGCUGCCUGACAACACUGAUCACAGAACCUCAAGUAAGCCAAGGAAAUAUUAACCAGCAUUCCUUCUUCUUUUUGAAUAAAUACCUAGUCUCUUUC